UGGCAUUCACUUCAUAUUCAUUUACCCACAAACUUCACUUAGUACAUGUAACACAAAGUCCAGGACACAAAUAACUCCAAGUGGGAACAAGGGAGAAACAUUUGCUUUGAAGAAGAAAAUAGUUGAUAUACAUGAACACAUGACCAGGUACAUCGAGGAAUUGCCUGUGCUCAUUCAAGAGAUGGUAUCAACUGUUCUUUUCUUCAAGAAAAAAAUCAACACCUUGGAAGACAGAAUCAACACCGUGAACAAUGAGGCCAUCAAAAACCAAGAAAACCAUGGAUUGGUGAAGUUGCUGCUGGAAUCAAAGGAAUUCUACACAGACCUUCUCCUAGAAGCAACAGAUGUAUUUGAAUGUAUGGACACUGACAUAGAGAUCGUGGUGGAUUUUGAGGAAGGGGAGGUGCAACCUGGUGGUGAAGAAUCAAAUUCGGAGGAGGAUGCGUCUAGCUCUGAGGAGGAGGAUUGUGAUGACAUUGGCAUUGAGUACGUGUAAUUAACCCUUUGAAGCCGGAUUUAUUUCAGAAAUCCCGAUCUUUUUCGACUUGAUUUGGUCUAAGUUUGCCUAAAAGGGUAUAGUGUCCCCAAAUGUCACUCGAAGCUAACAAAGUAUGC